AUGGUGUUGAGAUAUUACCGAAUGUCGAAGUUGUUACGGGAUUGGCAGGUGGUGUUGUUGAUGACGGUGCUGGAUGUGGAGAAGUGUUACGCGUCGGUAAGCACUAAAGGCGGUGUUGAUGAAGAAGAAACAGGGGCAGAAAUUAGAGAUGCAAGUUGGGUGAAAGGAAUUAGAAUCGGACUGUGGCUAGUGGAGGUUGUGUGGGACAGAGGUGAUAGUGGAAGUUGGGCGAUCACGAUUUCCAGAAACGGUGGGUUAAGGAUGAGGGGUGUUGGUAAUGGUUUGGUGAUGAACGGAUGUAACAAAGGUGAAGCGGAUUUGCGUGUUAGCAAAGAUGAUGAAGUUUGGGUUACAGUGGAAGAUGGAUGUUGGUUUGAGGAAAUCGGUGAUGAUGUGAAGUUGGUGAAGAGAGUGUGA